GAACCCAGAAAUAAUGGAGUCUCUGUUUAAAUCAUUAAUGAAUUUAGUAUGGGCUGAUGGAGUAUAAAACUAAUUUUGGGCUUCAACCAUCAGCUUAAACUUUUGGUUGAAUUGGUCCUUUGACAUGGUAUCGGAGCCAGCGUGAUGUAAAGGUUACGGGUUUAAAUCUCAUCCACCCUCUUUUUAAAGUAGAAUAUUUCGCGCUGGGUAUGAAGAGGCCAAUGCUGCAUGCCUUCAUCCACAUUUGUGAGGGGCGUGAUAGAGUCAGAAAAUAAGUACGCACUUCUAAUGUGAGCUAAGCUUUUUUCAUUUGUAUUAACCUUAUAUGCACACCAACUGUUUGAUAAUUUGUCAAACUGCGAAAAUGUAAAAUGCAACGUGUGGUAAGGUGGAGGAGAGUUUAUGAUAUUUCAUUGUCAGUCAACGAUGGAAAUCAAUCAAUCAUAGGUGUUGCAGUAUGGAAUGUUGACUUUGCCUUAAAUCUGGAAGUCGAGAAGUCAAUUUAUGUACUCCGUAGUAUUUUUUUUUCCAAAUUGCAAAGUUGAUUUUUUUGGGUUGAUCACAUGCACUGCCAGCUACUAUGCUAGAUUGCUAGAUUCACGAAUCACCCUUGAAUAGCAUAGACUUUGUUAAUGGAAGACUUAACCAUACAAAUACUAAAAGUCUGUAAGCUUUUUGUUAUUCUGUUUACUCAAAGUUCAUUACUCUGGUGGCCAUCAUGGCUUAUGUCCACAUCCUUGUUCUCUAUCUUUCCUGCUUUUUGAUCAUUCAGUUCGGUUCAGCUCGAGUGGAUAUUACAACCACUGAAUUUCUAAGAGAUUCAGAAACAUUAGAGUCUAGUAAAGCCUUUUUCAAGUUUGGUUUUUUCAGCCCCAUUAACUCAACAAAUCGCUAUGUUGGAAUCUGGUAUAAUAAGGAAGUUGAUGAUAGAUUGGAAGUGGUAUGGGUAGCCAACAGGGAAAACCCAUUGAAUGAUUCUUCUGGGGUGCUCAAAUUAUCUGAGGAUGGAAAUCUUCAACUCUUUGAUGGACGAAACAAGAGAAUUUGGUCAUCAAAUGUAUCAGUUAAGAAUGUGGUAAAUAGUCCUGUUGCUCAACUUCUAAAUACUGGAAAGCUUGUUUUACUUUCCAAUGCCAGUGGUAUUAUCAUGUGGCAGAGUUUUGACCAUCCUACAGACUCAUUGUUGCCACAUAUGGAAGUAAGAAUUACAGAGAAUACAACUGUAAUGCCACUGCUUGCAUCUUGGAAGAGUGCAUCAGAUCCAGCAGUUGCACGUUUUACAGCGAGUAUAGUUCAGCGCAGCCUCUUAGAAAUCUUCAUCUGGGAUGGUGAUCUUCCUUAUUGGCGAUCAGGACCUUGGGAUGGUCGUCUGUUUGUGGGAGUACGAGCUAUGUACUAUUCUGCACAGGCUGUUGGAUUUCGUCCUGAAAAUGACAAUGAAGGCCCACGUAGCCUAUCUUUUUCUAUGACAAGCCAAAGAGUUACUGAACACUAUGUAUUGGCUUAUGACGGUAUGCUGUCACAAAAAGACUGGGAAGAUGAUAGAGGGGAUUGGACAGUUAUAUGGCAGUCAAUUGAACAUGAAUGUGAUAUUUACGGAAAGUGUGGAGAAUUUGGAAGUUGUAACUCAAAAAAUUCACCAAUUUGUAGAUGCUUGAGGGGGUUUGAACCUAGGAAUAACCAAGAAUGGAGUGCAGGGAAUUGGAGCAAUGGGUGUGUUAGGGGAACACCUUUGCAGUGCGGGACUAGAGGAGGGAAAACAGAUGGAUUUUUGAGAUUAAGGAAUGUGAAAGUGCCUGAUAAUACCACGUGGAUGGAUUCAGUUGAUGAUGGGGAUUGCCAGAGACAAUGCCUAGGGAAUUGUUCCUGUUCAGCUUAUGCUUAUACUUUUGGUUUUGGGUGUAUGAUCUGGAGUGGAAGUUUGAUUGACAUUCAGGAAUUCUCCUCUGCUGGGGUUGAUCUUUUUGUUCGGGUGGCUCAUUCAGAACUAGCAGGUAAAACCAGUAAAUGGAAAGUAGUUGUUCCAGGUAUAGUGAUCGGGGGUACAGCUGUGUUAGUUGUCUCUCUGUACAGUCUAUGGAGGUGGUUGCAUCGACGAUAUGCAGGCAAGAAGGCUGCAAACAAGGAAUCAAAUUGGCAUAAUAACAUGGGUGGUUCUAAGUUAAGUAAUGCUGAAUUCCAAGAUUUACCAUUGUUGAAAUUUGAAACUCUGGUGCUUGCAACGAACAACUUUUCAGUAAGUAAAAAGCUUGGACAAGGUGGUUUUGGUCCUGUGUACAAGGGUAAAUUUGAAGAUGGACAAGAGGUUGCUGUAAAACGACUCUCAAGAGCAUCAGGACAAGGUCAACAAGAAUUUAUGAAUGAAGUGGCUGUUAUUUCAAAGCUUCAGCAUAGAAAUCUUGUGAGACUGUUGGGCUGCUGCGUAGAAGGAGAAGAGAAAUUGUUGGUGUAUGAAUACAUGCCAAAUAAGAGCUUGGAUGCACUCCUCUUCGAUCCCUCUGGUCGGGAGCAUUUGGACUGGAAGAAGCGCUUCAAUAUAAUCAAAGCCAUAAGUAGAGGUCUCCUUUACCUUCAUAGAGAUUCUAGAUUGAGAAUUAUCCAUAGAGAUCUUAAAGCAAGCAACAUCUUGUUAGAUGGCAAUCUCAAUCCAAAGAUAUCAGACUUUGGCAUGGCAAAGAUAUUUGGAGGCAGUCAAGACCAAGGUGACACCAAAAGGAUUGUUGGCACCUAUGGUUAUAUGUCUCCGGAGUAUGCAAUGGAAGGUCGGUUUUCAGAAAAGUCAGAUGUGUAUAGCUUUGGUGUACUGCUACUAGAGAUUGUUAGUGGAAGAAGGAACAGCAGCUUCAAAGAUGAGGAGUCUUUGAGCCUUUUAGCUCAUGCAUGGAAAUUGUGGAAUGAGGGCGGCAUUUUGUCAUUGGUCGAUCCAGCGAUUUCAGCAUUAGACUUCGAAGCAGAGAUUUUGAGGUGCAUACAGAUAGGACUACUGUCCGUACAAGAAUUUCCUGAAGAUAGACCAAGCAUUACCACAGUUGUAACCAUGAUAGAGAGUGAAGUUACAGAUCUUCCUUGUCCUACACAACCUGGGUUUACGCAAAGGAGAAUAGCUUUUAUGAAUGGAGUGCAACAAAAUGUCCGUGAUUGUUAUUCGGUUAAUGGUGCUUCAAUUACUUCUUUAGGUGGUCGAGGUAAACAAAGUAAUUUUCUUUACUCCCUUCUACUGGAUAUCAUGGAUUAUUAUCUCCAUCUUCUUUUUAUUUUUCUCUCUUGGUAUGGUGUCUCUGGGUUUGGUUCGGUUCGAAACACUAUCACCACCACUCAGUUUCUUAGAGACCCAGAUACAUUAGUAUCUAUUAAUACCAUAUUCAAGUUUGGUUUCUUCAGCCCAAUUAACUCAACAAAUCGCUACGUUGGAAUCUGGUAUAAUAAGGAAGUUGCUGAUGCAAUAGAAGUGGUAUGGGUAGCGAAUAGGGAAACCCCACUUACUGAUUCUUCUGGGGUGGUAAAGAUAUCUGGGAUUGGAAAUCUUCAGGUCUUGGAUGGAAAGAACAAGAGCAUUUGGUCAUCAAAUGUAACAACUAACUAUAAGGCUAAUAUUACUAGCUAUGUUGCUAAGCUUCUAGAUGCUGGAAACCUUGUUUUACAUGCAAAUGAUGUAAUAAUCUGGCAGAGUUUUGACCAUCUUACAGACACUUUGUUGCAUAAUACGAAAUUAAGGUUGGAUGAUGAGAAUCAUACACCUGCAUUUCCACGGAUUGCGUCGUGGAAGAGUAGUUCAGAUCCAUCAAUUGGACGAUUUACUGCUGGUUUGAUUCACAGCAGGCUUCCUGAAAUUUUUGUCUGGGAUGGUGAUCGACCUUAUUGGCGAUCAGGACCUGGGUACGGUAAUAUGUUUCUGGGAGUAAAAGCUAUGUACUACUUUGCACAGGAAGAUGGAUUUGAUAUUGAAAAUGAAACUGGUGGUACCCCAAUCUUAUCCUUUUCUUCUGCGAGCAGAAACGUUACAGAACACUAUGUAUUGAAUUAUGACGGUCAGUUGUUAAAAAGAGAUUAUUCGGAAGCUAAUGGAAGCAUUGGAGGGUAUUGGUUUAAUCUAUGGUGGUCUGUAUUUUCUGACUGUGAUAUUUAUGGAAAGUGUGGAGAGUUUGGGAGUUGUAACUCAGAUCAUUCGCCUAUUUGUAGUUGCUUGAACGGCUUUCAACCAAGGAAUAACACAGAAUGGAAUGCAGGGAAUUGGAGUAGAGGGUGUAAACGGAAAACACCUUUGCAGAAGUGUGGGACUGUAGGAGGAGGAGAAGAAGAUGGGUUUUUGAGGUUGAGGAAUACGAAAGUGCCAGAAAAUGCCACGUGGUUGUACUCAGAGGGUGAGGAGGAUUGCAGGCAAACUUGUCUUGGGAAUUGUGCAUGUUUAGCUUAUGCUUAUUAUUUGGGUUUGGGGUGUCUGAUAUGGAAUGAAACAUUGAUUGACAUACAGGAAUUCACAUCAGUUGGUGUUGAUCUUUUCAUCCGGGUGGCUCAUUCAGAAUUAGUUGUAACUAAACCGCAGCAGCAAGGUAAAGCUAGCAAAACGAAGUUGAUUCUAAUGAUAGUUAUGAUCGGAUUAGCUACAAUUUCUGUCAUUAUGCUUAUAUACUGUGUAUGGAGGCGGACAAAUAAAAGAAAUGGAGUAACAAGAGUUGUGAGAAAUAAGACUUUGUUGCAAACCUCUACGCCUAAAGACGGAACUAGUAAAGUUGAAAUUGGAGAUUUACCAGUGUUCGGAUUGGAAAAGUUGACAAUUGCGACAGACCACUUUCAGGAUUUUAAUAAGCUUGGACGAGGUGGUUUUGGUUCAGUAUACAAGGGAAAAUUAGAAGAUGGACAGGAGAUAGCAGUUAAAAGACUUUCAAAGGGAUCUGGGCAAGGACUUAAAGAGUUCAUGACUGAAGUGUUGGUUAUUUCAAAACUUCAACACAGAAAUCUUGUCAAACUGCUGGGUUGCUGUAUAGAAGGAGAAGAAAAAAUGCUGGUUUAUGAAUACAUGCCUAAUAAGAGCCUGGAUGCACUUCUGUUUGAUUCAAAAUAUCAGAAAAUUCUGGACUGGAAAAAGCGAUUCAACAUUAUCCUAGGCAUAUGCAGAGGACUUCUUUACCUUCAUCGAGAUUCUAGAUUAAGGAUUAUUCAUAGGGAUCUUAAAGCAAGUAACAUUUUGCUGGAUGGUAAUUUCAAUCCAAAGAUAUCAGACUUUGGCAUGGCAAGGAUAUUCGGAGGCAACCAAGAUCAAGGUGACACCAAAAGGAUUGUUGGCACCUAUGGUUAUAUGUCUCCUGAGUAUGCUAUGGAAGGCCGUUUUUCAGAGAAGUCGGAUGUGUUCAGUCUCGGGGUGCUGCUACUAGAGAUUGUAAGUGGAAGAAGGAACAACUUGUUCAAGGAUGAGGACUCCUUGAGCCUCUUAGGUUAUGCAUGGAAUUCGUGGAAUGAGGGGAAUAUUUUGUCAUUGAUUGAUCCAACAAUUUCUGAAUCGGCCUUUCAUGGUGAGAUUUUGAAGUGCGUACAACUAGGACUGUUAUGCGUGCAAGAAUUUCCUAAUGAUAGACCGAGUGUUUCCAUGGUUAUUUCGAUGAUUGAAAGCGAGGUUACAGAUCUUCCUAGUCCAUCUCAACCUGGCUUUACACAAAGAAGAGUAGGUUCUCCUAAACUAGGCCAACAAAAUGGUGAUGAAAACUGUUCUGUUGAUCGUGUUUCUAUUACUGUCUUAAUGGGUCGAUGACUGCAGUUUUCUGCAGGAAGUUAUGUUGUGAUUAGUGUCUAACGACCAUAUCUGCUACAAGUCAGUAACAAAAUUUUGACAUGAAAUUAUUUUCGUCAAAGAUGGUACUUCGUAUGAGUUUGUAGAUUUUUUUGUUUCUUAUUUUUCUAUACAGUAAUUGUUACAUCA